AUGUUCUCCCCCAGCGCCGGCGCGCUGGCGGCCCUCCUGCGCUCGCCCGUCCGCCGCCUGUGCCGGCGCCUAUCCUCAGCCCCGCCAACCGGCGAGCUCGUUCGAUGCGACUUUGGGACGCCCACCGCCGUGGUGAGCUUCGAGGGGCACGCUCGCAGGAACGCGAUGGGCCGCCAGACAGUGGACGAGCUGCGGACGUGCGUCGCCGCCCUGCGAUGGCAGGCGGACCUGCGCUGCAUCGUUUUCCGGAGCGGCGUGCCGGGAGUGUUCUGCGCAGGUGCAGAUCUCAAAGAAAGAGCCAACAUGGAUGAAGAGGAAGUGCGUGAGUUCGUGAGCACUAUACGGGAGGCAGUGGAUGGUGUGGCCCAGCUCCAGAUGCCAACCAUUGCCCUCAUUGACGGGCCUGCUUUUGGAGGUGGAGCAGAACUGGCUAUUGCCUGCGACUUCCGAGUGGGAACCCCCACAGCCAAAUUGGCAUUUCCAGAGGUCCGUCUUGGCAUAAUUCCUGGUGCGGGGGGCACACAACGACUGCCCCGCAUUGUUGGGGAAUCCAAAGCCAAACAGUUGAUCUUGUUGGGAACUGUGGUCCAAGCCAAUGAAGCGAAGCAGCUGGGGCUGCUGGAUUACGUGGGCUCGGAUGCAGAAGACCAUGUGCGUGCGCUGGCCACCACUCUGGCUGAGAAUGCCCCGCUGGCCCUGAGGGCAGCCAAGACCGCCGUGGACCAUGCAGCGGACGUGGAUAUGCAGAACGGUUUGAUAUUUGAAGGCGAGUGCUACGAUCGAGUGUUGUACACUCGAGACAGGAAAGAAGGCCUGAAGGCUUUUCUGGAAAAACGAAAACCGGAGUUUACAGGGAGUUAG